AUGAUAGGUUGUCUGAAUUUCUCUCUGCCAAGAGACCUCUUCUGUAUCCUAAUUCUCCAGUCAUCCAUGUGGGGCUCAGAUUCAUUUGUGGUGAUCGGCCCCUCAGAGCCCAUUGUGGCCAUGCUGGGUGCGGAUACAGUGCUGCCUUGUCGUGUGUCCCCAGCGAUGAGUGUGAAGAACAUGGAGCUGCGGUGGUUCCGCUCCCAAUUCUCAGAGGCUGUGUUCGUGUAUCAGGAUGGACAGGAGCAGGCCGGAGAACAGCUCGUUGAUUUCAAAGGGAGAGCAGAGUUGGUGAAAGAUUACAUCUCUGAUGGAAGAGUAGCUGUGAGAAUCCACAGUCUCCGGGUCUCAGACAAUGGAAUAUACAAGUGUUUUUUUAAAAAAGGCAGUGAUUUUGAAGAAGCCAUUUUAGAGCUAAAGGUGAUAGGUCUGGGAUCUGGUCCUCAUAUCUUUAUGGUGGGUCCAGAAGAUGAAGGAAUAAAACUGACAUGCACAGGCAAGGGAUGGUUUCCCCAGCCUGAGGUACAAUGGAAAGACUCAAGGGGAGACAAGAUAUCAUCUCUCUCUGAGGACGAGACCCAAGAUGACGAUGGGUUGUUUCAGAUAGAGUCAUCCCUCAUAGUAAGAGAAAGCUCAAAGAACAAGGUGUCCUGCUCCAUGAAGAACCCCUUCUUUGGACAAGAGCAGGUGGAAACCAUUUCAAUCCCAGAGCCCUUCUUCCCUAGGACAUCGCCUUGGAAUGCAGCAUUUGCUGUGACUUUUACCAUACUUGUAAUUUGCUUGAGUGCUGUUGUAUGUUUGGCCUGGAAGAACAAACAAGAAAAGCAAAGAGUAAAAUACACCAGGGAAGAGAAAUCAAAAGAAAGUGAAGCCAAAGAAUCACUCAGAAAAGAACUUGCCAAAAGGAAGAAAUUAUAUCACCAAGACUGGAGAAAAGCAAAGUUGUAUGCUGACUGGAGAAAGGAACAUUUUGAACCAGUGGUUAUUUCUCUGGAUCCAGACACAGCUCAUCCCAACCUCAUCUUAUCUGAGAAUAGAAGACAGAUUUCUACAAGAGAGAAUAUUCCUCAGAACCAUGAUGCCCCCACACACCAAGGGCAAGGGGAAUCUGAAACCUUCAGUGUUCUGGGUCAGAAUUGCUUUACCGUAGGGAGACAUUGUUGGGAGGUAGAAGUAAAUAAGGGGACAGAAGUUAGACCAGGAACUAGAUGGACUCUGGGUGUUUGUUCAGAAACAGUGAUGAGAGAGGGGUGGUUUGUAGAAAGUCCAGAGAAGAAUUUCUGGGUGGUGGCAUGCAAGGAAGGGCAAUUCAUGGCUCUUACCUCCAAGCCAGAGACUCUGAAGCUGCAGGGGUUCCCCCACAGGAUAGGAGUUUUCUUGGAUUGGGAGGCUGGAGAUGUGUCCUUUUACAACAUGGAGGAUGGGUCCCAUAUCUACUCCUUUACCGGAGUCACCUUCUGUGGGAAUAUCUGCCCUUAUUUUAGCCUUCAAAAUACUGAUACUUCUCUGACCAUCUGCUUAGCCUCAGAGCACAGUGAAAAUUGUCCUGAUUCUUCUCCAAAGACCUCUGUAACUCCUUUAAGAAGUAGUGAUACAGAUGUUGCCCAGGAAGCAAAUGCCCUAUUAGCUCCAUAA